GGCGAGCACAGAGCCAGAGAGCGAUCCCACCAACUCCCAAAGCCUCCCUAAAAAUGAAAACGAGAAGAAGAGAUCGAUUAAGCGAGCGAGGGAGAGCCAGAGAGCGUUGUUGAGAUCACCAACCGGCGGCCGGCGGCGAGGUGGGGGAGAGAUGACCGGCGAAGGAAACGGAGACGAAGGGUGGAGGCGGAGCGGCAUCGAGGUCAGCGCCCUGCAGUUCGGCUACGACGGGCAGCCGCCGCUCUUCGUGCGAUUCAACCUCCGCAUCGCCCCUGGCUCCCGCUGCCUCCUCGUAGGCGCCAAUGGAUCAGGCAAGACUACACUCUUGAAGAUUCUUGCGGGAAAGCAUAUGGUUGGAGGAAGGGAUGUGGUUCGUGUUCUCAAUGGUUCAGCUUUUCAUGAUACUCAGCUGGUGUGCAAUGGCGACCUUUCGUACUUGGGGGGCUCUUGGAGCCGGACUAUUGGUUCAGCUGGCGAUGUUCCUCUGCAAGGUGACUUCUCUGCUGAGCACAUGAUUUUUGGAGUUGACGGGGUUGAUCCUGUUAGGCGAGAGAAGCUGAUUGAUCUGCUAGACAUUGAUCUGCAAUGGCGCAUGCAUAAAGUUUCAGAUGGACAGCGCCGCAGGGUGCAAAUCUGCAUGGGUCUUCUUCAUCCAUACAAGGUGCUUUUACUUGAUGAAAUCACCGUUGAUCUGGAUGUUGUGACCAGAAUGGAUCUCCUUGACUUCUUUAAGGAAGAGUGCGAGCAGAGAGAAGCCACCAUUGUGUACGCCACCCACAUAUUCGAUGGGUUAGAGACAUGGGCUACCGACAUUGCAUAUAUCCAGGAGGGCGAACUGAGAAAAUCGGCAAAAUACUCGGACAUCGAAGAGCUGAAGAAUGCCAAAAACUUGCUGACCGUCGUUGAGUCAUGGCUCCGAUCAGAGACCAAACUCCCCAAGAAGGAUCCUCCACGUUCAGAGACCCAGCCCAGGCGCUCCUCGCCGUUUGAUAGUUCUCCUUUCCGCUCAUCUCGCCACAUGGCAUACUACCGUUGAUGAUUUGGCAACCCUGCACUUACUUUUGUGCCAUUACUAGCCAUAUAAUUGUUACAGUAUUUGUCAUCUUCCCCUUUUCUUUUUUUUGAAAAACAUAUUUGGCAUCUUAUCUGCUUCGCUUCCUUGUAUACAGCGAUAUAUCUGUAGAAUAAAGUUAGCUUGCACCUGUGUCGACGAGGAGCAAUAGGUGCUCACCA